UCUAAAGUAAUGUGAGGGACGCGGCAGGCUCUCAACUAUUGAACUUCCACGCUGAAAACAACCGGAUGAUGGGUAAAACACCUCUGUUUACAAAGUUUAAAAUGUGUUUGCCAGUCAAGAUUUGAAACUAAGUAUGGAUGCAGUUAAAGGUGAAUUAUUGCAGUGGACCUCAGACAGAGUGCGACAUUAACAAUAACUUCGAAUGUGGAUUUCGCCUCGGAUUUCUCUCAUGUGUUUACCAAUGCAGUCUGCACUGGACACUAACUUCAGUCAUGUGUGUACCGAUGUGAUGUGGAGAGGAUGGACACAAAGAAGAUCUCCGUCACUCACGAUAUAAAAAACGGACAUUCGUAACAGAAACCUUUUUGUACAUUUGGGACAACAACAAAAAAAACUCUUGACUUUGAACGGGCUUUCGAUUUUGUGAGGAAUAAUGUGGAAACGCUGCCCAUUUACGCGUCGCCCGGCUCUACUAGUUUACAUAGUCUUGGAAAUAUUUAUUCACGACGUCAAAGGUCUUAAUGUUUGCUUGAGCGGCAGCGCCACAUCUUGUGAAGAAUGUCUCCUCAUUCACCCAAGCUGCGCCUGGUGCGCGCAAGAGGACUUUGGGCAGGCUAGAACUCUCAACUCAAGAUGCGACUUUAGCCAGAACUUACAGAAAAGAGGAUGUGAUACUCCUUUCAUCGAAAACCCCAAGAGUGGCAGCUCUCUGUUGCGAAGCAGGCCUCUGAGCUCCAAAGGUUCUGGGGUGACCCAGUAUGAUGUUAUCCAGAUAUACCCACAGAAGAUCUCCCUCAGCUUAAGGCCGGGUGACCAGACCUCAUUUGAGGUACAAGUACGUCCUGUAGAAGACUACCCUGUAGAUUUGUACUACCUGAUGGACCUCUCGCUCUCCAUGAAGGAUGAUCUGGACACAAUCCGCAACCUAGGCACCAAACUGGCUGAGGAAAUGAGGAAGCUUACGAGUAACUUCCGCCUUGGCUUCGGCUCUUUUGUGGAUAAGAACAUUUCACCCUUCUCCUACACAGCCCCCAAGUACCAGGACAAUCCGUGCAAUGGAUAUAAGUUGUUUCCGAACUGCGUCCCUACGUUUGGUUUCCGCCACAUCUUAUCUCUUACGGACAAGGUUGACCGUUUCAAUGAAGAAGUGCAGAAGCAGAUGGUUUCGCGGAACAGGGACGCACCGGAGGGGGGGUUUGAUGCCAUUCUGCAGGCUGCAGUUUGCAAGGAGAAGAUUGGCUGGAGGAAGGAGGCCUAUCAUCUCUUGGUGUUUGCCACCGAUGACGUCCCUCACUUGGCUUUAGACGGCAAGCUCGGUGGACUAGUGCAUCCUCAUGAUGGACAGUGUCACCUGAACGACAAGAACGAGUACAGUGCUGCUAACAAGAUGGAUUACCCUUCACUUGCUCUACUUGGAGAGAAACUGGCUGAAAACAAUGUAUUCCUCAUCUUUGCAGUGACCAAAAGACACUAUGUUCUUUACAAGAAUCUCACAGCAUUGAUACCUGGGACGACAGUGGAAAUUUUGGACCAAGACUCCAAAAACAUAAUUCAGCUAAUUGUGAACGCAUACAAUAACAUCAGGUCAAAGGUUGAGCUGAGUGUAUGGGACCAUCCUGAAGAUCUCAGUCUGGCCUUCACCGCCACCUGCCAAGACGGCCAGCCCCUGACCGGCCUCCGCAAGUGUGCUGACCUCAAAAUUGGUGACACUGUCUCUUUCAACAUAACUGUAGACGCUCGGGGAUGUCCUCCGAAAGGCACCAGAAAGAGCUUCACCAUCAGGCCUGUUGGUUUUAAAGACCGUCUGGAGGUCUCUGUGGACUACCGCUGUGAUUGCAGCUGCACAUAUUACACCAAGAUCAACAGCAGCCGCUGCAACUCCGCUGGAACCUACAGCUGCGGGAUGUGCCACUGUGAGCCUGGCUACCUGGGGGCCCGCUGCGAGUGUGAGGAGGGUGAGGUCGACCACCAGCACCUCAGUGCCUGCCGAGAGGCAGAGGGCAAGCAGGUCUGCAGCGGCCGUGGAGAAUGCAGCUGUAACCAAUGCCUCUGCUACGAAUCCGAGUUUGGCAAAAUCUACGGCACCUUCUGCGAGUGUGACGACUUCUCCUGUGCCCGACACAAGGGUAUACUGUGCUCAGGCCAUGGUGAAUGCCACUGCGGUGAGUGUAAAUGCCACGCUGGUUAUAUUGGAGACAACUGUAAUUGCUCUACAGAGACGGCUUCCUGUGUGUCGGACGACGGCAAGAUGUGUAGCGGGCGGGGCGGCUGUGUGUGUGGGCGGUGCCAGUGCGCUGAGCCGGGGGCAUUCGGGGACACGUGCGAAAAAUGUCCCACCUGUCCAGAUGCUUGUGGAACAAAGAGGGAAUGCAUCGAGUGCCGUCUCUUUAACACGGGGAGACUGGCCGAUAACCAGACCUGCCAGCGCAUGUGCAAGGAUGAGAUCAUCACCGUGGAAACGCUCAAAACUGAUGAUUCCAACACUGUUCAGUGCGUGUAUAAGACCGAGAAUGACUGUGUGAUGAAGUUCACCUACUCUGAACAUGCCAACGGCCAGUCGGUCCUCACCGCUCUUAAAGAGCCAGAAUGUGCUGUUGCCCCAAAUGCCAUGACGGUGCUCUUGGCGGUUGUUGGUAGCAUCUUAUUGAUGGGCAUCGUGCUGCUAGCCCUCUGGAAGCUGGUCAUCACCAUCCACGACCGCCGCGAGUUUGCACGCUUCCAGAGUGCACGUUCACGGGCGCGAUACGAGAUGGCUUCUAAUCCUGUUUAUAAGCAGUCCGUUCCCUCUCACCCGGUGGAGACAGUUUUCCAUAUGCAUGGUAUCAAGUCAUGCAACGGAGGAGUCCACUGAUGGACCUGCACUUGGAUUGGGGGACAUGGCAGGACCUGUCCAGCGCAUCUCUGCACUACAGUGGAGGACAGACAGAGCAAACCUUAUGGUCUUUUGCAAUAUAAACACUUUUUUUGAGAUGUGUGCUUCCUGAGGAUUGGAACUGAUCUUUAUGCGGUUUCAGUUUGAUGAGCAGCAGUUGGACACAUGCCGAAUUUGAGAAAAGGUUUGGCUUGACUCAUUGGAGAAGCGGGGCUCACCGGCCUUUUCCAGAAUUCUCCAUCAGCAAUAGACAUUGACCUGCGGUGGACUGCUUGCUUGAAUAUAAUUCCUAAUUUUCUCCAGUUCUAACCAUACCUCCUGCACAUUAUGAUGAGUUUGCUUUGCUUUGCUUUACAGGCAAAGAGACAUUAAGUGUAUAUUUUUAACAAUGUGCCUUUCCCAGCUGUUUUACAUCAGUUUAUUUACCACACGUACAAUGUCAGUCGCCAUAAAGCGUGCACAAAAAAUGCUAAAUUAUACAUCAGCUCUUUUAAUGAAGUGAUAGGUACUAACCUAACCAGAGCAAUACAUUUUUUAACUUGUUUUGCACAUUGUAUGUUAGAUGGAUUGAUUUAUAAAGAAAGAAAUGGCACUCAAUGCUAGUCUUUUGUGUAUUGCCACAGGUUGCACAUUUUCAUAAUGAUCUUCAACUGUACAGUGUGAUGCAUUAACACUGCCUGCUGAUAAUUCAAGAGUGUCUUGUUUGUUCUUGGAACAAUGAGGUUUUUGAAGUUCCACACCCAUCCCAUCAGGACCUGGACUAAAUAAAAAAAUUAGAUGCUAGACACCAACUGCAAGUAAGAACUGAGAUUGACUCCACACCGAUAUAGUCAUCCAAAUCAUGUUGUCAACUUACUAUUUUUGUUAAUUUUGGUGUUUUUUGAGGGGUUUUUUUACCUGUAAUGUGUACAUUUUUGAAAACUCUUACUGCAAAAAAACUGAUCACACUGCUAGUAAAUAUUUCAAAACCAGAUCUCAUGCUUUCAGUAGGUCUGUAGAAGUUCGGUCCAAAUAGAUAUGUAAUAAAUAAAUAAUGAGAACAUUUGAUUUAA